UUGGAAUUCAUCGGAAGAUUAUAAUAGUGCAAUCUCAUCAGCUUCAGUACUGAAGGAAGUUCGAAAAAUCCCUCUCGUCGGAGACCGACAAACGCCGCCAUGCCAUAAAUCGGAAAAUCCUAUCCUCACCGGCGUAUAGAUUUUAGCACAUUCAAACACUAAAAGCUCCGCGCGAGCUUAUCUUUUGAGUUAGCUUUCGAAACCCUAGAUUACUCCGAGUCUCCCUUGGGAGGCUGAAAUAAUCAGCAAAAAUGAGGAUUAUGAUAAAGGGAGGAGUAUGGAAGAACACGGAGGACGAGAUUCUAAAGGCGGCGGUGAUGAAGUAUGGGAAAAAUCAAUGGGCUCGUAUUUCUUCUUUACUCGUUCGAAAGUCUGCAAAGCAGUGUAAAGCUCGCUGGUAUGAGUGGCUCGAUCCUUCCAUUAAAAAGACUGAGUGGACUAGAGAAGAAGAUGAGAAACUUCUUCACCUUGCAAAGCUCAUGCCUACUCAGUGGAGGACUAUUGCGCCAAUUGUUGGCCGUACACCAUCCCAGUGCCUUGAACGCUAUGAAAAGCUUCUCGAUGCAGCUUGUGCCAAGGAUGAAAACUAUGACCCUAAUGAUGAUCCAAGAAAAUUGAAGCCUGGAGAGAUUGAUCCUAAUCCAGAAUCAAAGCCUGCUCGUCCUGAUCCUGUUGAUAUGGACGAGGAUGAGAAAGAAAUGUUGUCUGAAGCACGGGCUCGGUUGGCAAACACAAGAGGUAAGAAGGCUAAAAGGAAAGCUAGAGAAAAGCAGCUUGAAGAGGCUCGAAGGCUUGCUUCCUUACAGAAAAGGAGAGAACUGAAGGCUGCUGGAAUAGAUGCCCGUCAAAGGAAGAGAAAAAGGAGAGGAAUUGAUUACAAUGCUGAAAUACCCUUUGAAAAGAAGCCUCCUCCAGGUUUCUAUGAUGUUGCUGAGGAAGACCGUCCUGUAGAGCAACCUAAGUUUCCAACUACCAUUGAAGAACUAGAAGGUGAAAGGAGAGUCGAUAAGGAAGCUCGUCUAAGAAAGCAGGAUAUUGCAAGGAAUAAAAUUGCAGAAAGGCAGGAUGCCCCUACAGCCAUAUUGCAUGCAAAUAAACUUAAUGAUCCAGAAGCAGUGAGGAAGAGGUCGAAACUCAAUCUUCCUGCACCACAGAUUCCAGAUCAUGAAUUGGAGGCCAUAGCAAAGAUAGGUAUUGCCAGUGAUCUACUAGGGGGUGAUGAACUAUCCGAAGGGAAUGCUGCAACACGUGCUCUUCUUGCAAAUUAUGCCCAGACACCACAGCAUGCAAUGACUCCUAUGCGAACACCUCAAAGAACCCCUUCAACUAAGCAAGAUGCCAUUAUGAUGGAAGCAGAAAAUCAACGAAGAUUGACUCAGUCUCAGACACCAUUACUUGGAGGGGAUAAUCCUAUGUUGCACCCCUCAGAUUUUUCUGGUGUCACUCCUAACUAA